GCGGCUGAGCGGUCCCCUGGCUGAUGAAGAUGGCAACGUUCCUACCGGCGAGGACAGGCCCAUUGCCAUCGAGGUGGACGGGCCAUCGCACUUCUACGCCAACUCUAAGCGGUAUACUGCUUACACAAAGCUGAAGCACCGUCUUCUCACAAGGAUGGGCUACAAAGUGCUGCAUGUUCCCUACUACGAGUGGAGAUCCUUACGGGGAGCCGUGGAGAGGGAGGAGUACAUGCGGAACAAGCUGAAAGAGGAGCCUUCUGAGUGGUUGGACCCUGAAGACGAGAAGUAUUACACGCAGGGCCCGGAGGAGGGAGAAGAGGACCGAGUUUGUGUGGGCGGUGGGCACAAUUGCGGUCAUUUUUGCUUGGAUGACAUAAGCCUGGGGGCCACAUCAAGGUGA